AUGCCACCAGUUCAACAAUACCAAUACGUAGGUCAUCAACCAUCAAACUGGGACAAAUUCAAAAUGGGUGCGUUAAUGGGCUCAACAGUUGGUGUAUGUGUUGGGGUAUUAUUUGGUGGAUUUUCCAUCUUACAAAAUGGUGCUGGCCCCAAUGGAGUAAUGAGAACUUUAGGACAAUACAUAAUGGGGUCAGUAGGGACUUUUGGGUUGUUUAUGUCUAUCGGAUCAGUAAUUAGAUCCGAUGGCCAGUAUUUGGAAUUGCAAAGGAAUAUGAUUGCUAAUCAAAGAGCUAAAUUGACUGCUAUUUACAGAGAUUAA